AUGAUAUCGCUUGCACUGAUUGCGAUCGUGUGCAUUCCUCUAGGUUACUGGAGAAUCCAUAGACGAGGUCAAUUAGCAGCAGAAGCUCUAUCGUCUAGACGCAGCCUAAACGAGGAACCUGUUUUGAACCCUACAGACUUAUUUCAAGAAUCUUCGCACGUUGACGCUCGACGGCCUGAAAUUCAUUCUAACGAUGCGUCUGGAGGCGAAUCUUUCGUGUUAACAGAACGCCAGAACUCAGAUGCAACUGACAGACCUACCUUUAGUAAAGCUUCGGACGAAGUAAAUGCUGACAACGAUGACGUCCAAGGGCAGAACUUUGACUCAUCGGAAGAUAGAAAGACUCUAAGUUCCGAGUCAGGUGGUGAUGGUGGUUUUGGCGGUGAUGGUGGCAAUAGAGGUGGUGUGGCUGCUGAAAGUGGUGGUGCUGGGGGUGAUGAUGGUGUUGAUGCUGGUGGUGGAGAUGGAGAGAGCAGUAGCUUACAUUCAGCCAGCAAUGAUGCUAAGGCGGAUGCCAAUGGCCACGAAGAAUUGGAAGAUAACCAGCGGAAAAGGCCGCUAGAUUUGGGGAUUCAGAUGGUUCCAGAACGUGCGGACGGUGCGGAUGGCGAUAGAGAGAGGAGCUUGGAGACGAAUGGUGCAGAGAAGGAGGAGAGUGAUGGGGAGGAUGGAGCCACGGACGAGGAGAGUGAGGAUGGCGGGAAGAAGAAACGGAAGAGAAAAAAGAAGAAAAAGAAGAGACCUUCCAAGAAGAGGACAGGAAACAGACCUUGCGAGGUUGACUACUUAGAGAGUGGAGAGAGCGUGCAAGUACCAGACUUGGAGGGACCCAACCCCACAACCCCUCACUACGUCACCAUGGAGCAUCCCCCUGCUGCCGACUCCUCCUCCUCUUCCUCCUCUGCGCUCAGCCUCCUCGGCCGCUCCUCCAACACGUGGGCCCCACGCUUUGCUGGCCACCAGACGUGGCGACAGCGCGCUGACUCGUUCCGAGCUGGCAGGGCUGACUGGCCGCCAGAGGCGCAGGUGCACUGCGGCUUUGUGCAGUCGCCACCCGGCUGGCCGGGGACGGGGUUUGACAUCUCCAAGGCGGAUCAGAUGUACUUGGAGCAGUGCCGCAUUGCAGUCGUCUCGGCUAUCUUUGCAGACUGGGACCACCUCAGGCUGCCUCAGCGCUCCAAGAUCUCCGUGACAGCCAAGCGCAAGGCGUGUUUUGUGAUAUUCGUGGACGAGCAGACAGUGAGGGGGCUGUACAGGGACAACCUCAUUCCCGAUGCCAAUGGCAAGGUGGGGCUGUGGCGCGUGGUCGUGGUGGCCCACCCGCCCUACUCGGACGCGCGGCGCACGGGGAAAAUACCCAAGCUGCUCACACACCGCCUCUUCCCCAACGCCAAGUAUUCCAUGUGGAUUGACAGCAAGCUGCGCCUCUUUGUGGAUCCGCUAGCCAUCCUGGAACGGUUUUUGUGGCGGGGAGGGUUUGAAUAUGCCAUUUCCAACCACUACGACCUGCACUGCGUGUGGGAAGAGGUGGAGCGCAACAAGAAGCUGGGCAAGUACAACGCGACGGUCAUUGACGAGCAGUUUGAGACAUACAAGGCGGAUGGGCUCACCAUGUUCAACCCCUCUGACCCCAACAACCUGCUCAUCAGCAACGUGCCAGAGGGGUCAGUGAUCAUAAGAGCGCACACAGCUGCCGCCAACCUGUUCUCGUGCCUCUGGUUCAACGAGGUGGACCGCUUCACCUCCCGCGACCAGCUCUCCUUCGCCUACACGUACCACAAGAUGGCCCGUACCUCUCACCCGCUGAGGUUGAAUAUGUUCAAGGACUGUGAGCGGCGGUCGUUUGUGAAGCUCUUCCACCACAAGGCUGAGGAGGCGGCACUCAAGCUGGAGCGAGGCAGGGCUAGGUAG